AUGCCGCUGCUGUUCGGACGAGGCGACGCGACCUCGUCGGCCAGGCCGCCCGGCGGGCUCGGCUCUUCGCUACGCAGCAGUACGGGCUCACAGGACCUUUUAAAAGUACAGACCGAUGGCUCCAACAGUCGAAAACAGUCGACCGGCACCCGAUCCGGCGUCGACCCAUCCAGAGCUGUACAACAAUUAAAACAAAAAAUCGCGGAAAUCCCGAAACCGCCGGCCGACUGGCGGCAGCGGUUGAAGGCGUUCUACAAGCGGCACAACAUCAAAUACCUUAACCCGCUCGUUUUCAUUAUGAUCUACAUGUUUGUUGGCGCGAUUUUCUUCCUUUGGCUGGAGGGCCCUUCGGAUUCUCGGCGGAUAGCCAACGAAUACGCACACUAUCGACGCGAAAAAGAGCUUCUCAUGCGCCGAUUCGAAGAGAUUGUCGCCGAUCGAGCCAUUCGCAAUCGGCCGGCCCGCCGAAUGUCGCUGACGCAAGCCAUCGAUCAUUUUCAUAAAGAGAUUAAUUUUUCCGUGAAAAACGAGACUUCCUGGGAUUUGGCGACGGCCAUGUACUACGCCGGAACGUUGUUUACAACGAUUGGCUACGGCGACGUAAACUGCGUGACGACAGCCGGCCGUAUCCUUACCGUCAUCUACUCAUGCAUCGGCAUCCCACUUAUGCUCAUCACGCUCACCGAUCUCGGCAAGUUCCUCUACCAGGGCAUCAACGGGUGUGUCAAGAGCGUCGACGAUGCGUGGGCCUACCUCGGCAUAUUCCGGAUAUUCACCGGAAAGAAGAAGAAUCGGGUGGAUAUUCGGGUAGAUGAGGUCGAGGCGGCCGAACGGGGAGAAGCACAGUCGAUCACGUCAAAUCAUUCCGAGAUGGGGAGCACCAACUCGGAUCGCGAAGACGACCUCGAUGAACUGCUUGAAGAGGAGGAGAAAAUGCCGAGAAUGAGCGUGAAGGUGGCCCUCGGGAUCACGAUCGGGUGGAUCUUCUUCUGCUCGGCCCUGUUCCCGAUGUGGGAAGAUUGGACGUACGGCGAGUCGUGCUACUUCAUGUUCAUCUCCUUCUCCACCAUUGGACUUGGCGAUAUCGCCGUCGCCCAUAGGGGAAAAAUGGUGUUAUGCUUCGUGUUCGUGAUCGUCGGUCUCUCCCUCGUGUCGAUGACCAUCAACGUCGUGCAGGUGGCCAUCGAGGAGAUGUACAUGGCCUUCUUGAUGAAGCUGAUCAUGGAGUAUCAGGAGAAAAUGGCCGCCGGCGGGGAUCCAAAGGGCGCCAGCAUGGGCAUGAUGCGAAUGUGGGGCAACAACAAAACCGCCAAACUGCUGAUGCCGCUUUUAGGAAAAGAAAUGAAACGCACGGCGAUGGAAAAGGUCGAGGUUGAGGCGCAGAAGAAGGGAAUUGAGAUCCCGCCCAUCCUGAAAGACGUCGACCUGGAGACGGGCAUGCCGAAAAUCCUCCAAAUCGCCGAGCAGACACACUCGAAGAAGGGCGAGCCGGACGAGGAUAUUCCCAUGCCGCCAGAGUUGGAGGCCAUGGUCGAGAAACAUCAACUCGAGGUGGCCGAACAGAAGUCGUUGGCCAUGACUAACUCAAUGGCAUCGAUGGGUGGACUCCUUGGCCAUGACGCCGAUACACAAACAGAGAUCUUGCUUACCGAAGAUCAAAGCGAGCAAACCGAGGAGAUCGAGGUCGAUGACGAUGCCACCCAAACCGAGGGGCCCGCUACGGAAAAAACACCAUCUACAGAACGCGAACAACAAACGGAUCAGGUGGUCGGCUGCGUCGUUGAAACUCAAACGACCGUCCGUCACUAUACUGAGGCCGAGACAUCUACUCCACAAAUUAGAACAUCGGAAAAUGAUUCGCAAACGCCCCGUUCUCAAACGAACGAGCAAGAGAUCCAGACGUAUAUUUACGAGUAUGCGGAAGCGGAAACGUCGACGGCGGUCGAAACGAAAAACAUCCGAAUACAAACGCCGCACCCACAGAUUAUGGACAAAACGAUACAAUCUGAUGACUUGACGGAAGGCAAAUCCUCAUCCCCGUCAAAAAUGGCGUCGGCGCGGAAGCGGAUACGUCGCGCGCUACGCAUCACCACCGCCAACCAAAAGGGACGGCGCAACACGCUCGACAACGCGCCGGCAAUGACCGACUGGGUGGAGGACGAGAUCGCCGAGGAAGACGAGGAGGGCGUCGAGGGUGAAGAAGACGCAGGCUCGGUCGAGUCGCUCCAUUGGGACCCGGUAGACGGUCUGCACGCCGAGAAGCAGUUGCCCGUGCAGAAGCUGAAGUCGCUGUUCGAGCGGAAGACGUCGUUGCAU